AUGGCCGACGGAUACUCCAAAGAGGAUGGGCCAAGUGAAGCGCCCCCUGGUAUGAUGGGCGGAUUAACCUACUGCGAUAGCCUCAGCGAGGUCACUGUUCGUUCUCGGAAUAUACUAGAGAAAUGGAGCAACAUCCCCGCCAGUGAGGUUGUUAAGCAUGUUAAUGACGUGAGGGAUCGCGCCUACAAAGUGUUUCCUUGGCCAUCUAUCGGUCUUUAUCAAUUUUUAAGCAUCUAUAUGCUAGACUUUGACUGUUACCCCGAAAUUUUGGAGUCGAUCAAGAAAGGGGCCCUUUUUCUGGAUUUGGGGUGCUGCUUCGCGCAGGAGGUGCGCCAAGUGAUUUUAGAUGGAGCGCCUCCAUCGAAUGUUUUUGGGGCAGACUUAUCCAGUGACUUCAUGAGCUUAGGCUAUGAUCUCUUCCUUGAUAACGAGAAGCUCGGUACUCGAUUUAUCCAAAGCGAUGUUUUCGAUGACCAGUCAGCCCUCAGAACAGAGUUUAAUGGUCGAUUCGAGGUGAUUCACGCUAGCAAUUUUUUCCAUGUCUGGGAGUGGGGGAAGACAAUUGAAGCCGCCAAACAUGCCGUCAAUCUACUCAGCAGCAAACCUGGAUCAGUCAUUCUGGGAACGCAAGUGGGUACCAAAAGGGCCAGGAAGGUGGUAUUUCCUCACAUGAAAGGCAGAUGUGCAUUUUUUCAAAACCCGACAACUUGGAAAAAGCUUUGGGGUGUGGUUCAACAGGAAAUGGGUAUUCAGCUCGAUGUCCAGGUCACUGAAUCUUAUAUUCCCGAUAAAGAUGAGUUUGGAUGGCCUGAAGAGCUUGAAUUCACCCGCUUACACUUUGUUAUAAGAAGAGUUUCUUGA